CGCUUUUGUCAUUCAAGAGUAAAAACGGAGGACAAGAAAGACGGCCACACGAAGACACCGUACAGUUGAUUCACUUCGGGUUGAGUCGAAUUGCUCCGAAUAUCUCCGAGUGUAAACUGACUGCACUUUACAGACCUGCAAGUGUUCGGGUUUAAGACCUGUUUAAGGACCUGUCAUGAAGAGACAUCCGAAGGAAUUAUAAUAAGCCGUCAGGCAUUGUCUCUAUCUUUCUUUUCUUUCUUUCUCUUAAAAUUCAGCAUAAUGCUGCGUAAGUUCAGUUCAGAGGGUGCAUUGUUGGAUCUGGACUUCUCGCCAUGGAGCCAGGAGAACGGAGAUGUGACCCCAGGCACCUCGGAUGAUGAGAUGGAUGGAUCCCCAGCAUCCUAUCCUUGCACCCCAGAUGCAAAGUCAGGGGGUGCAGGCCAAAGCGGGAAGUCACAACUUAACAGAGAUCACAGCAGUAGUGUGGAAAAUGUUGAUGGCAUGGAGAAGAACUCUGCUUUCUUGAAAGUUACGAAUCUGAAUGACAGCUUUAAAGCUUACAGUGAAAGUCAGCUUGCCCAGAAUGCCACUGGCAGCUCUGAGAGUAUGGGAAAGUGUGACAGCUCACCCCACUCCUCACCAUCCACACUAAAAUCUGGUCAUUUUUCCAUUUCUCCAAGACCUCAUUCUCACCGGCUACAAGCUCGGGCCAAAUUAACAGCUGCUAAAUUGCACCUAAAAAGUUUGUUUGGACAGGGUUCACCACAGUCCUCGCAUUCAAAUCUAACCAGUGCAGAGCACAGAGAGACUGUAAGCAGUGCUAAAGAGAGGCGUUCUCGAAUGCCUGUCCUGAGGCAGUGGAGUCAGGUGGGCCAUAGCAAAGCUCAACUCAGCAGGAAAGAGAUGGAAAGAUGGGCCAAGUCCCUCGAUGCUUUGCUGGACAACAGAGUGGGAGUUACAGUCUUUGAAGCAUUCCUGCGAUCCGAGUUCAGCGAGGAAAACCUGCAGUUCUACACAGCCUGUGAGCAGUACAGACAAUCGUCCAAUAAAUUCAGCCUGCAGAGGCGUGCAAAAGCAAUAACUGAGAUGUACAUCCAGGCUGGUGCUCCCAGAGAGGUAAAUCUGGACAGUAAGACAAAAGAGCUGACCCUAGAGCUCCUAAAAGCCCCAUCUCACACCUCUCUGUCCAACGCCCAAAAGCGCAUCUAUUGCCUCCUGGAAAUGGACUGUUAUCCCCGUUUUCUCCAGUCUGAGGUAUAUCUCACACUACUGAGGGAUUCAUACUAGGACAAGACCGGAUGGAGUGUCAAAUAAGAACAAGGUCAUCCUAACAAAACUGAACUGGAUGCCUGGAUAGUUGGAGACAGAAAACUUUAUAUGAAUGAAGUCACCUUAACUACUGAAGUACAUUUUGGUUUAAUAUUCUAUAGAAAUAAAUGAAGAAAAAGGGAACGGAUUUUGGAGGGAUGAUGUGACUGUCUUGUACUUGUACACAUAACGGUUUAAAGGGUCAUGCAAUAGGGAGGAAGGUGCUAACUGUUGUAAGUUACAUUGUGUAGGUUCAUUUUGAGGUUGUCUUAGUUUCAAGACAAAGGCCAUCAUGGACCGAUAAGCAGGGACUAAAUUUUAUGUUGACAGACAACAAAGGGAAAAAAACAUCGGGCAAGAAUGAGCUGUUCACUGAAAGGGCCGAAACACUCUUUAGGGUUAAGCCAGUAUCAAAAAUGUUUACCUAACUUCCGUUUUGUAUCCAUAGAACAGAUUAAAGGUAAAAAUCUAACUGCUGCAUUCAAGGAAAGUUACAAAUAUUUUAACAUUAAUUCUAAAAAAAUCUCUUACCAAGAUAUAACCUAUUCAAAAUAUACAGCCAUGUUAUUCAUAUCUUGAUGGACAAUGCACAUUAGUUUAAGUGAAUGAUAAAACUUCCUCUUUGUUUUCACAGAUGGACAGUUUAUUGGUUUUGUCAGUGGGAUUGAAACUUAAAAGAUAUUUUAACCGCUGUGCAUUAGCUUUGUGAUGUCACUUUAGUUUAGGAUUACUGAUUGCACACUUAUUGUAACUGUAUCAUGGAUUUAAAGCUUAACUAAGAGUGUUUAUUGCAAUGGAAUGAAAAUGAUAUGACCAUGGACUCUGAAAUCAAAAUGGUCUCACUGAAUUUGUGGCAUAUUUUUUGGUUGUACUAAAAAUAGUUAAAAAAUUCUCCACAAGUUCUAUUAAAGUGACACUCCAGAAAAUUGCUUUAGUAGAUGGUGGAACAUGUAACACAUGUUGACAGGUUGUUGAAGGGUAGAAAUACUGUUUUGAGCAAGCUCACUGGAAUAGCUAGUUUCCUGCACUAAUACCUUUUCAGAUUGAAGAGAGAUGUUGUGCUGUACAUGUUGUACUCCCUUAGAUGAUUUUUUUAAUGGAUGUUGAUGUCAGAGUGAAUCUCACGAAACCUGUCAAGAACAUCUCCGGAUCAUAUUUCACCUCAAAAUCAAAAGAAAAUAUUAGAUAUUUGGUAUUAUAAAAAAAUUGGGGAAAAAUGUGUUACUCUUAUUACUGUAAUGUGGAAAAACUAUAACAUUUGUAUGUAUUUAUACAUCAUGGAAGUAUUUUUUGUACUGCCUUUAAGGCUGAUUUAAAUAAAAAUAAAAAAACAGUAUAACAUGUAAUAUCAUUUUUUAUUUUUUAUUCUUGAAUUUGAAAAUCACCAUUGAGAAUGAGAAUUAUAAAAAAUAAACAUUGAAAAUAAAACGUCUUGACUAAAUAUGCUGUGAUAAUUUGGGGGAGAAAUGUGCUUAAUUGUUUAAAAAUAAUGCAGAAAAUGACCCUAAAUGCAGACUUCAAUUUCAUUAUCUAAAA